CUGAACCGCAAUUUUCCAUGUCGAUUCCCGCAGUUUUGCGGCGGUCCUCUCCAACCUGAAGUGGAUGCAGUCAUCAGAUGGAGUCGCAGUGUUCCUUUUGUGUUAUCGGCGAAUUUUCAUGGAGGCAGCACGGUUGCUAACUAUCCGUUUGAUGACACUUCCACCGGAAUAGCGCAGCUGCAGCCGACUCCAGACGAUGCUUUAUUUAGAAAACUGGCGCAUACAUAUGCUCGGGCUCAUAAGGAUAUGUGGAUUAGCGGCUACCGUUGCGAUGUAUAUCCGAAUGGGGACAUGUUCUAUAAUGGAAUAGUAAACGGUGCGUCAUGGUACACCCUUUCAGGAGGCUUACAAGACUGGAGUUACCUGAACACAAAUGACUUUCAUCUGACGAUCGAGAUGAACUGUUUCAAGUAUCCGUACGCGUCGAUGUUGCACAGAUACUGGAAUGAACACAAAUAUUCUCUUCUGUUGUUCUUGGACCAGGUAAAAAUCUGA